AUGGCGGAGAUGGAGACCAAAGCCGGCACCACGCCACAGGAUUGGACCUUGGCUGCUGAUGAUGACGGAGCUCAACAGGGCCCUAGGACCACUGGUGCAGCAGCUGACAUGUCAGACUCUUCCGUUGAGGAGGCACCACCUCCCAGCCGCCCAGCUGGUCCACCGACUCCUUUGCCGGCACAGGCGCAGCAAGAGUUGGCCCACCAGAUCUCCGGUGCAGUGGCGAGGGAGCUCUCCUUCCAGGGCACGAUCCUGACCUACCUGCCGUGGGACAUCAGGCAUUUGCGAAGCAUCGUGGUAAGCAUCCGAGCGAUGAGACCCCAUGAAUGGGCACAUCCAAAUGUGCUCACCGUGCAUGAUUCAGCCCCGGCAGAACAGGAGGAAGCAGAGGAGGAGCCUCCGGAGGAGGACGGCCACGUCUCCUGGGAGCACGGCCACGGCCAUGGACACGGCAACGUGCGCGGCAAUGAGCACGUUGACAGGGCUGAGGCAGAGGAGACCAUGGAAGACGACCUGGGCCACGGCACCCACACCGAAGGAAGGUCCUCGAGGAGACAGCGCAUCCUGGCCCGACUUACAGCAGCAGGCCGACCCUUGAUGACAAGCACGGAGGCCAGCCACCUCAAUGAGGAGCUUGGACUGCAUUCGGCCAGGACGGCCCUGCUGGGGACAGAGGCCUCCACCGGGACAUCAGGUACAUCCCGUUCCCCACCUGGGCCGCCACUCGGUGAGGAAGCACGAGAUCGCCGCCUGAACGCAAUCAUUCAGGCCAUAAAGUCUGAGGGUCGGACAGUGCUGACGGCGGAGGAGAUUCGAACCGUCGAGGUCGACUUCCCGGACCACGACCCGGUCAACCCCGAGCCCACUGGCCACGAUCCCGACUCGGAGAAUGCCUCGGUAAUGCCCGACCUCGACCAUGCGAUGGAUGGGCCGAGACCCCCGCCAGGACCACCGCCAGGAUGGCAUGCACCAGCAGACGACGAAGACGGGGAUCCAGGCUCUUCCACAGGCACCGGAACCGAGCCACAGGCCAAGCCGAGAGCAACCAACUACAGAAAGUGGUUCCCUCAUUUGUUCUUUGCUGUCUUGACCUUGGUUCUAGGGGUUCAGGAGGUUCACGUUGGCAUGCGAAGGCUGCUGCCCUUCCUCAGCCUCUUUUUGAGCUUCAUUUUGUACAGCACAGACCAGCUCAACAUGGCCAUUGUGGGACCCUUAUUGUAUGGUGCACUCUUGGCAGGUUGUUACAUCCCCGCAGGCAACACGUCCAUUGACUUGAUCAAUGCAUAUCAGUUCUCAGCAAACGACAAAUCGGCCGACAGUGAGGCCAGGAGGGCCCAGAUCCUGGUGGAUUACCCCGUGGCUGGAUGGCGCGAAGGCGCCAAACAUUUUCCUGUGGUUGCUUCGGUGCCCGUACCCAAACAGUACUGGAAGGCUGAUGCCAAGACCCCGGUGCAACAGGUGGACCUGCCCAGCGUUCUUCAUGACCUUCAUCACGACCCGCAGGCACCCAGACUACAGGCCUUCCAAGAAACAGUGGCGGAGACACUCAAUCCGACUUCUGAUUUCGACAACGUCGUUCUGCAGGCUGCUCUACAACACUACCCGAGACCCCCCAGACCUCAAGUGGCACCCACGCAGCCGGCUGAGUUGGCUAAUUCAGCCAGACACAUGUGGCAACUUUUCCGACAGAUGCGAACACAGCGCUUCAGCAUGCAGGGCAUCAUGGAAGCUUGGAAACUCUGGACCCGGUUUGCAGAGGCACACCGGCUUCACAAGCAGAGAGCAAAUAGAAGAGCAAAAGCUAGGAGAGAUGAACUGCUGGUCCAAGCACAGGACGCAGCAACGAAGGGCGACCUGUACCAGAUGUGGUCAGUUGUCAAACGCCUGGCUACCAAGACGAAGUUCAGACGCGUUCAGCUGCAUAGACAUGGAACUAUUAUGGCCCCAGAGGCGGAGUUGGACUGGAUUGCCCAGGCCUUUGGAGAAAGAUAUGGGGCAGCAAACUCAGUUUCGCCAGGUCCACUGUGCAGACAGCACCCACCGGUUCAAGUUCUGGUGACCGAUGUGAAGGCAGCGCUCCAGCAACUGCCAGCACGGAAAGCUGUCCCGCCUGGGGCCGUUCCCUCAGCCAUCUGGAAAGCCUGUGCAAACCAACUCGCUGGACCACUCACUGUGGCAGUGAACGAGGCCUGGAGCCAACCACUGGUGGAAAUCCAGCAGCCAUGGGCUGAUGCAGAUGUGGCACUACUCCCCAAAGGCAGCAAGAAGGCUAAAAUGCCACUAGAUCUCAGACCCAUCGGAUUACAACAUCCGCUCGGGAAGACGAUGAUGAAAGUAAUUACUCUGCAGGCGAAGGACUGCAUUGCUGCAUUGGUCAAGCGAUGGCCGCAGACGGCUUACGUUCCAGGCCGAAGCACAACCACGGCUCUUAAAGUUGUGAUGUCACAUUGUGCCGACGUGAGGACUGCCUGUGCAAGGACCAGGUUGAACAUUCACCAAAAGCACGAAGGCCAGCAUCACGCCAAAGAGUCGGGCUCUUUCCAUGGCGGACUACAGGUCUCAUUGGACCUAACAGCCGCAUUCGACCUCGUGAACUGGGGCCACCUUCGAGAGGCCCUCGCACUAGCUGAAAUUGACCCUUCCAUCCAGGAACUCCUACUCCAAUGGCUCAGGCAGGUGGUCUACUCCUUCCGGCACAAAGGACAAUCCAAGAGGGUACGGCCCUCUUUCUCCGGUGCUUUGGUCUGUUUUCACAGCACUGUUAUGUCAGGCCUUCGAUCAACGCUUGGGCCAAGGGUGGGCAGCCGAGCACGUGGCCAUGUACGCUGA